AUGGACAGUUCAAGCAUUUUUAUAGAAUGUGGUAGUAGUCAAGGGGAAGAUGUAGAAGUUGAUCACGGUGAUUGUGGUGGUUAUGAUGAUGACACACUUUGGGUUCCUGCAAUCGGGAUGUGUUUUUCUUGUCUAGAGGAAGUUAAAACAUAUUAUCAAGAGUAUGCUUUAAAAAAGGGGUUUGGAUGGAGGAUUAGAUCAUCGAAAAAAGAAGAUGACGGGAAGGUCAACUACCUAAUACUUUCAUGUUCAAGAGAGGGGUCUAACAUUUCAAAAAUUUCAUGCACGUUAAAGACACUACCAUCUAGAGCAAAAAAUUGUCCUGCCAAGAUUUGUAUUAAACUGAAACAAGAUGGUUUUUGGUACAUUACACAAUUUGAAUCUAACCAUUCUCAUGAGACUAGCCCUACAAAAGCAAGAUUGUUCAAGGCUAACAAGAAAAUGAACUUACAUGUGAGGAGAACAAUCCAAAUCAAUGAUGAUGCGGGAGUAAGGAUCAACAAGACUUUUCAAUCGCUUGUUAAAGAUGUAGGAGGACAUGAAAAUAUUCCCUUUUGUGAAAAAGAUGUGAGGAAUUAUAUUAACAAAGAGCGUCGUGCAAUUGGAAAAGAAGGUGAUGGUAAGGCUUUGAUUAGUUAUUUUUGUAAAAUGAGGGAACAAAAUACAGAUUUCUUCUAUGACAUAGAUUUGGAUGAUGAUUUUCAUGUGAGGAAUGUAUUUUGGGCUGAUGCAAGAAGUAGAGCCGCUUACGAAUAUUUUGGAGAUGUUGUAACUUUUGACACAACAUACUUGACUAACAAAUAUGACAUGCCUUUUGCUGCAUUCGUUGGUGUGAAUCACCAUGGUCAAUCAACAUUACUUGGUUGUGGAUUACUUUCAGGUGAAGACACAGAUUCUUUUGUGUGGUUAUUUAAGUCAUGGCUUCGUUGUAUGCUAGAAAAAGCACCUUUGGGUAUUGUGACCGAUCAAUGUAAGGCUAUGAAAAAUGCUAUUGAGUUAGUCUUCCCUACAACUCGUCAUAGGUGGUGUUUAUGGCAUAUAAUGAAAAAAAAUCCAGAAAAGCUAAGUGGAUAUGGUGAAUACAAAAGGAUCAAGUAUGCAAUGAAAGAAGCCGUCUAUGACACAUUUACAACAACUAGUUUUGAAAAAAAAUGGUGUUCGUUCAUAGAAAAGUUUGAUCUCCAAGAAAAUGAUUGGUUGGGUGGGUUAUAUAUUGAGCAUCAUAGGUGGGCACCAACUUUGUUAAGGGUCUAUUUUUGGGCUGGUAUGUCAACUACUCAACGUAGUGAGAGCAUACAUGCUUUCUUUGAUGGAUAUAUCAAUUCUACAACAAGUCUAAAUCAGUUCGUGAAACAAUAUGAUAAUGCUCUUAGAAGUCGGGCAGAAAAGGAAUUUGAAGCUGAUUUUAAUUCGAUGGAUACAACAAUUCCAUGUGGGUCAAACUCGUCCAUUGAGAAGCAAUUCCAAAGUGAGUUUACGAAUGCCAAAUUCAAGGAAAUUCAAGUGGAAUUCAGAUCUAAAAUGAAUUGUUCUGCCUCAUUAAAUAGCAUGGAAGAUUGCUUUGCUACGUAUCAUGUGUUGGAGGAGAUAUUAGCUGGAGACAUACGCAAAGAGCGAGUCUUAAAAGUUAUGCUUAAUAAGGAAAACCACGAUUUCAAAUGUGAAUGCUCAUUAUUUGAGUUUAGAGGUAUUGUGUGUCGGCAUGUGUUAUCCGUGUGUAGUCAGGAAAGGAUUGUAAGUCUUCCAGAGAAGUAUGUUUUAACGAGAUGGAAGAAAAACAUUAAAAGGAAGCAUUCAUAUAUCAAGACUAGUUAUGGUGUAACAGAGUUGAAGCCACAAAUGGACAGGUUUGACAAAUUAUAUAUAAAAUAUUUUGUUAAUGCAAUUGCAGUCCUAGACUUGGUUAAUACACUGCACGAAGUUGGUUAA